UCAGGCCAUAUUUAAAAUGCCAGCGGUAAAUCCGCCGUCAUCCUGAAUUCCGGUCCUUCCGCAGGCCAUCCGAGCAUGAAAUACUGUCCCGUUGCCGCGUUCACUUGUCAUAAAGCCUGUCCGCGAGCCCGUCGCCCGCUGCAUGCCUAGCCCACCACCGCGCUCUGUCUGGACCGUGUCACCGCAGAAGGCCGAGCGACAUGUCCAGGGCGCAGAUCUCAGCUCUGGUGUUCGGUGUCGGAGGGUUUGGAGCUCUCGUCGCGGCCACCACGUCCAAUGAGUGGAAAGUGACCACCCGAGCGUCAUCGGUGAUAACCGCCACUUGGGUUUACCAGGGCCUGUGGAUGAACUGCGCGGGUAACGCAUUGGGUUCCUUCCAUUGCCGACCGCACUUCACUAUCUUCAAAGUAGAAGGUUAUAUCCAGGCAUGUAGAGGACUUAUGAUUGCGGCCGUCAGUCUGGGCUUUUUUGGUUCCAUAUUUGCGCUGUUUGGAAUGAAGUGUACCAAAGUCGGAGGCUCGGAGAAAGCCAAAGCUAAAAUUGCUUGUUUGGCCGGGAUCGUAUUCAUACUGUCAGGGCUAUGCUCCAUGACCGGUUGUUCCCUCUACGCAAACAAAAUCACAACGGAGUUCUUUGAUCCUCUCUAUGUAGAGCAGAAGUAUGAAUUAGGAGCCGCUCUGUUUAUUGGAUGGGCGGGAGCCUCACUCUGCAUAAUUGGCGGUGUCAUAUUUUGCUUUUCAAUAUCUGACAACAACAAAACACCCAGAAUGGGAUACGCAUACAACGGGGCCACAUCGGUCAUGUCUUCUCGGACAAAGUAUCCUGGGGCAGGAGGAGAUCUUAAAACCACAAACCCAAACCCUUCAAAACAGUUUGAUAAAAAUGCCUAUGUCUGAAAAGAAAACCUCCGCGAGCUGUCUUACCAUAAAAGCGAACUGUUCACACGCAAGUGAUCCCUUUGAAGCCCUCCUGUAAUUCACACUGUUUUUAAAACAUGAAUUUGGAGAAUUUGCUGAUUGUAUGGAUGUAAAUGUUCUGACACAGUUGUAUACUAAUCAUUUUCUGUUGUGGCUUUCUAUACAAAAUAAACAGGUUAUUUACAGGA